UGCCUCUUCUGGUUGCAGCUCUCUCUCUGUUCGCGACCAAAUUCCGCUUCUUCGAGUUUUUUUUUAGCAUAUUCUGUUCAGUUCUUUUUCAAUUCUUCCUGGAAACAUAUGGCAGGGACACAGGAUCGUUCUUCCUUAUCAACCAUGAAGAUUCAAAUGACUUUGAUAUCCGUCAGUACUAUGAGGAAUAUGAGGAAUGUGGACAUUUUCCCCAAUUCGAAGGUUUAUGCCGUGGCGUGGAUUGAAGACGGCUCGCGACCUGCGAAGCAAAAAACUAGAGCCAAAGAGUACGGUGUAAACCCUACCUGGAACAAGCUAAUGUCUUUCAUGGUGGACGAGGAGGCGCUUGGGCAGAACCGCCUCCGCUUAAAACUGGAGCUCAGAAUGAAGGAGACAAAUGGCAGCAAGAAAGAAGGCAGAAUGAAGAAGACAACCAGCGGCAAGAAAUUAGGCGACGCGUCCAUCCCCAUUAAGUUUCUUGGCCAGUUUAAGACCGGCCGCGUAGAUUUCAAGAGUUACCGGGUGCGCAAUUCCUCUGGGAAUAUCACAGGGAAGCUCAACCUAACUCUCCAGGUUAUAAAGCCGGAGUCGGAGUCAAAUGUCAAAGAGAGUGCCCCUCCACAACGCAAGAAAAGGAAAAGUUACAAGGUGCCCCUGAUCAAGCCAGAGUCCAAAUCAAAUGCCAAAGAGAGCGCUGCCCAAAAGCCUAAGAAAAGGAACAAGGUGCCCCUGCCCACCUCUACAGAAUUCGCGCUACCCACUAUCGACCCCCUGCCCCUGCCGCUUCCGCUUCCGCCUCAUCCUCAUGUGGGCUAUCCCCAAUAUCCUCUGCAACAGCCUUACCCUCAUCAGGGUGGCCCUGGAUACACUCCCUCCUCUGGUUACCCUUCAUACCCACCAGACUAUCAUCAGCAGGCUGGUUACCCUCAUCAGGGUGGCCCUGGGUAUACUCCCUCUGGUUACCCUUCAUACCCACCAGACCAUCCUCAGGCUGCUUACCCUCCACACCCAAUAGAUUAUCCUCAGCAGGCUGGUUACCCUUACCCUCCCUACCCACCAUACAUACCACAAGACUAUCCUCAGCAGGUUGGUUACCCUUAUCCUCCCUACCCACAAUACACACCACCAGACUAUCCCCAGCAGGCUGGUUACCCUUAUCCUUACCCUCCCUGCCCACCAUACACACCACAGGCCGCCGCCCCUCCGCCGCCUCCGCCUCUGUCUCAUGCGGGCUAUCUACAAUACCCUACACCCGGUGAACAGUAUGCUCCGCAACAGCCUUACCCUCAGCAGGGUGAAUUCACUGCCAAUUCUGGUUACUCAGGGUGGUAACCCUCUCUACACUGUAUACUCUUCCGCUCAGCAACUGAUGAACAUGACGGUAUUACUACAUCAAGGGCGGAAUUUUGCCGACCUGAAGAACUCGAAUUUUGCUGGUUCAGGUUGUGUAGAUUUUGGUGCUUCCAUUUCGCAUAAGAUUGUAAAACUGCAUAAUGGAAUUUUGUACUUGAUCCUCGCAGAUGGCGAUAUUUUAGGGCCAUAUUUUAGUGUUUUUAAUAUUUUCUCAUUGGAUAUAACUACAAUAUUUGUGGGACCCUGAUUUGGGAUUCUUCUGAGAUUCAAUAAUUAUUUAU